AUGGUUCAAGCAGAGUCUUCUACAAGCGCUUCUCGCAAUGCUGCAAAGGCAAAUACCAUAGGCGCUCCUGCCAACUAUGAGCUUCCCUGGGUCGAGAAAUACCGCCCCAUUUUCCUCGAUGACAUUGUUGGCAACACUGAAACAAUUGAACGGUUAAAAAUCAUUGCCAAAGAUGGUAAUAUGCCACACGUUAUUAUCUCUGGUAUGCCGGGUAUCGGAAAAACCACUUCAGUUCUCUGCCUGGCACGACAGAUGUUGGGAGAUUCAUACAAGGAAGCAGUGUUGGAGCUGAAUGCUAGUGAUGAAAGAGGUAUUGACGUGGUACGGAAUCGGAUCAAGGGUUUUGCCCAGAAGAAGGUUACCCUACCUCAAGGUCGCCAUAAGCUAGUCAUUCUUGAUGAGGCCGACAGUAUGACCGGCGGUGCUCAACAGGCUCUGCGACGUACUAUGGAAAUCUACUCAUCCACCACCCGAUUUGCGUUUGCUUGCAACCAGUCGAACAAAAUUAUCGAACCCCUCCAAUCCCGUUGUGCUAUCCUUCGUUAUUCCCGGUUGACGGACGCCCAAGUCGUGAAGCGAUUGAUGCAGAUCUGCGAGGCAGAGAAGGUGCAGCACUCCGAAGACGGUAUUGCUGCUUUGGUCUUCAGUGCCGAGGGUGAUAUGCGUCAAGCUAUCAACAACUUGCAGAGUACUUCGUCUGGUUUCGGGUUCGUCAAUGGAGACAAUGUCUUCCGAGUGGUUGAUAGCCCACACCCGGUCAAGGUCCAGGCCAUGAUCAAAGCUUGCUGGGAGGGCAAGGUGGAUGCGGCACUGGAGGUGUUGAAUGAGCUAUGGACACUGGGAUACUCCUCUCAUGAUAUCAUCAGUACUAUGUUCCGAGUUACCAAGACCAUUCCUACCUUGUCCGAGCACUCCAAGCUGGAGUUCAUUAAGGAGAUUGGUUUCACGCACAUGCGCAUCCUGGACGGUGUGCAAUCACUCCUCCAGCUAAGUGGAUGUGUGGCGAAGUUAUGCAGAAUUAACAUGAAGCCUGAGCUCUUCAAGCCCAAGGCUUGA